AUUGUUUUAAAUACUUUUUUGAAAUAAAGCGAAGGAACGUGGCAUCAUAUAAAUACCACGAAGUUUGGCUGCUUUCGACUAGUGACUAAAUGCACGGUGCGAUUUUAGCAGUGGGACCCUUUUUCGUCUACUUUCCACCAUAGUUGUAACAGGUUGCACAUUCCCGCCAAACGUCGCCACCCCUCUGCGUGUAAAGAACAUUCUAUCGUCUGCAUUUUGCCUGUUUGAUACACACGCACGUUAGAUACACACGUACGUUCGUCGCAUCCGCACUCUUGACCGAUUUUCUCGAAAUCAUUAUCUCGAACCUCUCGCAGGAAUUGCUAACUUGACCUCAUUUUGAACAAACUUGCGCUAAUUAUUUUCUGUCUCAAGUCUCUCCAACGGACGUGGAUACAAUAUGGAAAGGAAAGUGAUUACUAAACACAGUAGGCAUCAAACGAGUUCUCGACGUCGCUUCACCGACGAUGGCGGAUGGGAGCAACAACCAAUGCCUAGUCGACUCGGUCUGGAGCAACGCUUCGGCGAUGUCGUCCACUUCGAUGAUGAUUUGGGCGACUUCCCUGCUCACCCUCAAUCAUCGCAGUACUACGUGACGUCGAGGCCGACUGCGACCGCCAUGGUGCCUUCGAGGAGGAUGGAGGUCGCUAGUAUGCCUCCGCUGAGGAUGGGUAGGACACCCAUUCCCGUGUCGACGGGGGAUGUCAUGAUGACCGAUACCGACUUCAAAGUCGCUGUCGACGUCAGUAACUUUGACCCAGAGGACAUCGAAAUCAAGAUCGUUGAAUCCGAGUUGACCGUGCACGGUAAACACAUGGAGAAGCAGGACGACCACGGGAAGAUCUCCCGGGAGUUCACCCGUCGUUACACCCUCCCACCCGAUGUCGACCCCACUACUGUGACGUCAUCAUUAGGUCAAGAUGGCAUCCUGGCUAUCUCAGCCCCUCGCAAUCCUCCCAAACCUAAGAACCAAAACAUCCCUAUCAAAGUGGAGAGUAAACCAGCAAUCAGUGGUGCUAAGAAGUAAAGUACAUCAGAUAGUUCGCCAGAUAUUUAAAUAACUGUCUUCGCUUAGGCAUGUGUAGAUUUUAUAAAUUAAAAUUGUUGAAUAGUAUGCAUGAUGACUGGAUUGUGAUUGCCUUGCUUGGUGUCAUAAAAUAGAGGCUAAAAUAACGAAACAGAAGUAUUCUCAAAAUGGAGGCCCUUGUCCCCCAAAUAUCGUUCAUUGUUUAAAAAUAUAUCAUGAUUGCUGAAUGAGUUGUUUAACAAAACAUAUCACAUCACUCAUGUACAGGCCCCUUUGCGCUUUGGAAUAUAAAUUGGUAAUUUCAAUUGUGUAUAAAUACCUAAACAAUGUGAAACCAUUUGACAUUUUCUACUGCUUCUGUAUAUCUAAUAGUUUUAAUACGAUCUUUAACCUUACCUCAACCUGGCCUCUACGCUGUGUCAAAUUACCAAAUCAGACAUAAUUAUUAUAAUAAAAAUAGAUAUUGAUCACAUAUUGAUAAAUUUCUUAAAGGCAUGCAUUGUUUAACAAUGUUAAAUCUGAGAUGCACGGCCCUACGUGUUAUCAGUG